AAUAGUAAUAAUAAUAAUAAUAGUAAUAAAUGUAGUAACCAUAUCCUAUGAUUGGUAAACCAGAUUUCGGAUCAGUCGAAUACACAUAGAUAGAUAGAUAGAUAGAUAUUUGUGUGUUUACAUAAUCUAUCAAUGAAUAUACAUAUGUGCUUGAAAUUUAACAAAUUACCCCUGUUAUUAUUUUUUUUUCUAAAAACGUUAACUAAAAUAUUGUUAUUAUUAGAGAUUACUUGAUCUUCACCUUCAUCAUCCUCAUCCUCAUCAGCAGCAGCAGCAGUUUUCUACAUUGUUAACACACAUAAUAAUAAUAAUAGUAAUAUUAAUGUUAACGCGGAAAAGCAACUUAGUAAUGGACUUUAAGCAAAUCAAAUAAUUAACCUAUUAACUUAAUACAUAAUGAAUUUAUCAACUAUAAAUGUAACUCAUUCAAUAGAAUCUUUAUCUUCAUCAAGUUCACCAGAAUUAUUAAAUACUAAUACAAUGUUAACAACUAAUCAUUAUACUAUAAAUUCAAAUCUACCAUCAAUCAUUCAAACAAAUACUAAAUUAAAUGGUAAUGAAUUGAAAUUAAACUGUAAUCUAUAUCAUCCACCACCUCCUCCUCCACCUGCUCCUCCUCAACCUCCUCAACCUCCUUCUUCUCAUCAGGAUCAUCAUCAUCGUCCACAACAACAACAACAACAACAACAUCAUUAUCAUUCGAAUUAUCAACAAGAAAAUCAUGAAGUAACAUCAACAUCAUCAUCAUCAUCAUCGUCGUCGUCGUCGGCGUCGUUGGCGUUAUCAUCUACAUCAACAUGCAAUGGGAUAAUAUCAAUGAAUCAUUUAACCAAUUCAUUAUUAUAUCCAUUUUCAUCAAAUUUAUUAUUACAAGAAUCAUUUAUUCAUUUAAUUUAUUCAACAUGUUUCAAUAUAUUUGAUAAAAGAUUAAAUGAUGAAUUAAAUAAAUUUAAUGAAAAAUAUGAAUUAUUAUUCAAUGAAUAUAAUGAAACAAAAUAUCGUUUAAAUAAAUUAGAAACUAUAAUACAAUAUCAUAAUAAAAUGAAUAUUCCAUUAAUACCAUUACCAUCAUCUUCAUCAUCUUCAUUCUUGUUACCAUCCUCCUUAACCUCCUCCUCAUCGUCGUCGUCAGAUUAUUUAUUAACUUCAUUGAAUUCAUUGAAAUCACAACAUUUCAAUGAAUCAAUUAUUGAUAAUAAUAAUCAUAAUAAUAAUAAUAGUCAUAUGAUGAAUACAUUAAAAGAGAUUGAUACGAAAUGGUUAAUGAAUUGGAAACAUAAUAAUGAAGAUUAUUUGAGUAGUAUAAAUAGUUCAAAGAAUAAUUUAUUGGCGCCUAUGUUAACAACAACAACAACAACAGCAACAACAACAAGAUUAGAUGAACAACAACAAUCAAUACAAAGAAUUAAAGAUAAAUUAAAAGAUAAUCAUCCUAUAGAAUUUGAUAUCAAUCAUUUAUCUAAUUCAUUUAUUGAUUCAUCAAUGAAUGAGAAUAAUGUAAAUUAUCCAAAACAUUUAUUUCAUGAAUCUAAUAUAAGUCGAUUACAUAAUCAUUUUUAUAAUUUCAACAAUGUAAUACCAUCCUCCUCAUCAUCAUCAUCAGCAGGAGGAACAGCAGCAGCUGCUGCUGCUGCAUCAUCAGCAUUGUCAAUAAAUAAUCAACAUUUAUUAUGGAAUCAAUGGAUGGUUAAUUGUAUAAAUUCUGUUAAUGGAUUAUUAUUAUCAUCAUCAACAUCAUCAUCGUCAUUAUCAUCACAAUCAAUAUUGAAUAAUUGUGAAAAAAUUAAUCCUUUCACUAUGUCAGAUAUGGAUACUAUAGAAGGGAAUCAAGUAAGUUAUUCAUGAAUAUAGUGUAUUUUCUUUAUUGAAGAUGAUUUAUACAGUCGUUUUGUAAUUACCUACUAAUAUCAUUCAAGUAUACAUUUAAUAGGGUUUCCUUUUGAUCGAAUGAAUUCUUGAAAUACUAUAAGCAAUUCAAUAUAAAAGGAGUCUGAUAAGAGAAAAUAUAUAACACUUGAGAUUAUGAGUCAAUUAAAGCUAGACCAUUAUGAAAAACUUGGAAGCACUAAAAUGUCUACAAAAACAUCUUCUGAUACAAAUCAACAUAUGCUCCAUAGUGACUGACUUCAAGAGGUAUUUCUUGGGAUUCUAGUGAAAAGCACUGACCAGUGGAGUUCAAUCGGGU